CUUGUUUCUUCGCCAUAUCAUCAAUACAAGCUUAUAACUCUCCACAUAUAAAUUUUGCAUACAAACAACCGAUCAGUCGAAAGAUGGAAGGCAAAACUUUGAUUGUAAGUGUGCUCCUAGUGAGUCUUGUCAUGGCACAAAUCCAAGUUGACGCAAAGAGCUGCUGUCCUAACACCACUGCUAGAAACAUCUAUAAUACUUGUCGCCUUCCCGGAACACCCAGGCCAACAUGUGCAAGCCUCAGUGGCUGCAAAAUCAUCAGUAGUGGUAGAUGUCCUAACGGGUAUACCCAUGAUGUUCUCGAAAACACAGGUGAUGCUGUCAGUGAAUACUGCAAAGUUGGGUGUGUAUCCUCUGUGUGCGGUGCUUUAACCACUCUCCAAAACUCUGAUGCAAGUGAAAUCGUGAAUGAAACUGCUGGAAACUGUGCCUUGGCUUGUUCUAAAGUCUGCAACAAGGGUUCGAUGAAUGCAGUUGAAACUGCCUAGACAGCCAUAUCUAUGAAGAUACCACGUACUGCAUAUUUGGAGGUGAAAGGGGUUGACAUCUUUCACGGUGUUGCUUUUGUUGUUUUCAAUAAUUGUCGUAUAUGUGACAAAAAUAUAGAAAGGUUAACAAUCUUUAGAUUGUAUAUGCCUUCUAUUCUCUAUCUUUUUAAACUAAUGGUAUUUGUGUCUUGAUAUUUUCUGCUCAA